AUGCGAGGUAGUUCCUGCAAGUGGGUGCUCUCGACAAAGGCUCCAGCGACAAGUGUUGUUGAUCAGAGCUCAUCUGCGCUGCAACAGAGCGGUCCCCAGAGUGCACGGAUCAGUCGGUUAGAGCAAUCAGCUGGCUGGGUGAGCCCAUCUGCUAUGCAAGGACAAGGUCAAAGUCAUCAGCGGUUCAGUGGAUCUAUGCAGCAGACACUCCUCCUCAACCCUGUCAGGCCACGGAGUUUUCAGAUAGAAUUCUCUCCGAUCUCUGAAACUCUGGGAGGAGACACGACUCCAAAAACACCUAUGCUCUUUACUCUGAACGGUACUAAGUCGCGACUAUCCUCUACUAUACACCAUUCUAAGCCCCAGGGAAUUUUAGCUCCACAACACGAAAACAGUGUCUUGCACGGCACUAGGAACAUAAAUGGACCGAGUGAUGACUUAGUAAAACCAACAGUUUCAUCAGCUCAUCGCUCUCGUCCAUCCUCGUCUAGUUUAAAUACUUAUCCUCUUCAUCAGAAUUUAGGUAGCGUAAGUAGUGCUGGGGACUACCACACGCCAAAUUUUACUUCUACUCCUCACGCACUUAACAGUGAAAAAGGAAGCCUCAACACUGAUCAUCAACAAGUUAUUUCUGCCAUGAUAUCUCCUAUUUGUUAUCGUGUAGGUGAAUCGACGCAGCCAGCAAACGAAGCCAAAGGCACAGCAAUUCUUGAUAACGAGAUUCUCAGCGAUGAAAAGCAUCAAUCAUCUCGGUCUUUUCAGGUUCAAGCGAGCGGUAAAGCCAUGGCAUUUGUAGCAGCUCAACAGCGAGCUCUGCACGCCCCCGCUGUAGGACGCAAUCCUCAGAAGAUCAAGCGCAGCACGAGUGCCUCACAGCCACAAUAUUCCAAGCCUAGCCAUCCGGCAUUUAUGAAGGAGGUGGAUGUAGUUUUGCACAAGCUGCAAUCAAACGCAAUCUAUAGCUCUACCAUAGAUAUGUUGUCUAAUAAUGAUCUGAAUCAUAUCUAUGCUGUGCACCCUACCCACUUCAAGCCGAUGCGAAAGAAGUGGAAGGCUUCGGAGCCGCCAUCCUUACCACCGCCUCCCUCCUCUGAUGAUACACUUCCAGAUGGAAUCCCGGUGCUUACUGCAAACCCACAUGAAUUAAAAGAUCAAUACAUAUCAACUUUGAGGCCUGUGCAGCCAGUUCCCUCGUCCUCCAUAGGCUUCUUUAUAGACUCUGAUCCGCAUGCGUCCAAGAAGAAGUAUACCUUGCGACGGGUUAGCUCAGCCAAUGCUUCGUCUGUAGCCACACAACAGCGCGAUGGCAGCCAGGCUACUGAUCGAGAGCUUCGGCAGCGCAGUCUAAGAUUAGCUGGAAGCAGUGGUGCUGAGGCCCUUUUAACGGCUGACAAAACACAAAAUCCAGAUGACCCUCACAUAUUUCAGCACAAUAUCUUAUUAACACCAGAUCUUAGCACACAGACGGACACCGUAACAGAUACCAUCACCACCCCUGUCAAGGACCUAAGAGAUAAUAGGCUUACUAUAGACGAACUACGACAGCCACCAUUAGUCCAGAAAAGAAUCCAUGAAUCAGAAACUAUGCGUAGUCAAAAUGCAGGUACUAAACCUGACCAGAUUCCCUCUAGAUCACGAAGUGCAGAAGAAAGUCUGGCAAGCCAGAAGACUCGCCGUAUGUCUGCUAGUAAGCCUCUUUUAAAUGUUCAGUCUCUGGUUGACAACAAACCUGGUUUACGGCCGCCGCUAUCCUUGUCUUCGCGCAGCUCAUCCUCUAGACGUGCAUACAGUGCACGUCCAUCAAGAUCUAGUGACGUGUUAUCAGCAUCUCAGUCAAAAGCUGCAGCCCAUACCAUAGUAACACAAAAAUACUCUGCAAUCCAUCAAGGUCCAGCCUUUAGUAAGCAGCUUAGGAACCCCACAUCUCUACUUACAGACCAAGACACAGUAGCUACUAGCAAUGGCUUAGCUGACAGGACUAGGUUCAACGCAGCAAGAAGGCGUCCUUUGAGUUCGGGAGAUAUUUCACAUUCUAAACAUGUAUUUAGGACAAUCCACGGUGAAAAGCCUAUUGCAAGAGGAUUUAGCACACAAUCCAACAGAUUAACGCAUAAUAGUAUACGGUCAGCAGCAAAUAGUACAAGUUCAAGUUUGCGGCCUGAUGUAAGCCUCACGCCCUAUCAGUCAACAUAUGCAUCUAAGGCGCUGGCAGUCAGUGCGGUCCUUCCUACGUCGUCUCUGGCCCUGAGCAUGGCAAGUAGCUACAUCCAGUCGCAAGCUCGUAGUAAGUACAAUGUGGCUCUUAUGCGCCUUCAGGCACCAAGCGUUACACUAGGAUUGGUGCCCUCUCAGCAAGGCAACGCAAGGGCAACAUCAGCAUCAACCUCAACCCGGCACUCCCGUAGAACAGUUGGGAUACAACCGCGCUCAACAACAGAGCAGUCAAUUAAUACAACUCCCCUCACUGCAAAUAUCGAAAAGCCUCACCAUGAUACUAGUUCUAUUGCAAUAAAACGUUCAAAUUAUUUUGGACGCACCCGCAAUGCUAAAAUUGGCACUACGGAGCUGAAGGAUGCUUACACAGAGACAGGGAGCUAUAGAAGCGUCACUGAGGUGUCUGAUGCAAGAAGCUCACUUGAUCAUCCAUUGUCUUUCGGAACACAGACGGGGGUGCAAGUACUUGACAGAGCCCAAAGUCGCCGUUCACAGAGUAGCUCUUCUGCGAGAAUUUUAGAUAGACUUACCGCCCCAAAGAGCUCCUCCGUAAAGCGAUCACGUUCUGCCACGUUUCAUUCUCGUGACGAUAACCUUAUGUUAGCGCCCACACACGACAUAAACACAACUGACAUAUUGGCUGCCCGGCGACUAAUUCAGCCCCACACAAACCCACGUUUUAUAGAUCAUAAGCGUGACACAAUAACACGUCACCUGACCGAUAUUGCCACAAUGCCGCUGUACUCCAGAGAGGCUCGGUCUUCUGUAGAAAAAGCAAACCAGCCAGAAUCUCCGAAUAUUGCAGAAAUGCUCAGGGGACUGGACAUCCCCACCAUCAACUCGGCCGAAAGCAGUACGCAUUAUGAUCUACGGACGUUGUCUGAUGAUAAGUUGGUGAAUUCUUCUUCUCACGAUCCAAGCAUCAGCAGAAAUCAAUCUGUCAACGGGACAUUCAGUAGCAUGCACACGCUUCCAUCCAUAGAGCUACACAGGAAAGAUGUGCAUGUCUGCUCUCAACCAAAUGAAUUUAUCCAGCUUCUUGGCAACACAGCUUUCCCUAGUUCUAGUGCCACGUUAGAAAUGUAUAUCGGCGGGCUAAACUAUCAAGAGAUAGACCUUCAGCAUCAUAUCUUCUCUAAGCGCAACACAACCACGGUUUCUGAAUCCAUCAACAAGAAGCAGGAAGCAUCCAAGAAAAGAUCUGCACGUAAAACACGCAGUAAUUCGGCAUCUGCGUCUUCUGGUGCUACCUACAAUACAAAAAGAUGCAGGUCAGGUUCACCCUCUUGUUCAAGCUCACGGUACGGUCCGCCGGUGUCCAAUUCAACUACCCAGAUGAUAGCUCAUAGCCUGGAGCCUCAAGCAUCUUUAGAGUUACAUCCAAGCGCCCAGCUUCACUCAUCUGUUAAUGCAGAUAUGGUAUUGGAAGAUCUAGACAUAGAUGGAGCCGAUCCUGAUUAUCUAUCCAACAGCGCUGUGCGUACCUCUAACUAUAAAGAGACUGUCCUUUUGAAGCGCAGAGCUCCUGAUGGACGAACACAGCUUGCACUAGUAAGCACGGGAGACAUUCUCUAUGGUAGCUACAACAAAAAGACUGCUCUGGAUGUGACGACGCAACAGUCACAGCGUUCCCUAUCUGCUUCUGCCCACGGUGCUCCACAUCGACGGCAUAGCAAAACUCGUCCGGUCAACAAGACUUCAACCAUGUUCAACUAUCCGUCCAUCACAGGUGCCUUUCCUUUGUAUGCAGAUGAGGACGAGCAAAGAACAGAAACACAUUCGACAGCGCAUACUAACAACGAAGCCUCAUCUCCACAACAUGGGUACCGUCAAGUUUCGCAAUCUCUUCCCCUAAACAAACAGUCAUCCCGUCCUAAAACUACUGAUAAUUCAGUGAUUCGGUAUAACCAACUUCUUAGUGAUCACAAAACUCUUUCGGUCAGCAUUAGUGCAGCUAUGGCUCGUCGAGCUUUUGAAAAGCAGGCAAAUGAUAGAGCACUCAACGCGCUCAUGCAUCAGACUACAACCCCUAAUACUUCUGGGCUGCAAAGCUCGUCCACGAUGUCCUUUUCGCGGGAUGUCUCACACAUCAGCCAGAGGCAAUCUUUGGAUAAAGAAUCCGUUACAGCAAAGGAGCAGAACAAGGAUACAAUAUAUCAGAGCCCUGUACUAUUUACUAGCUUAGCAGAUGCCUCGCCUCUUCCUUCUUCUAACCCAACCACCACAAUAAAAGAGGUUGCAAAUCCAAACAAUCAAAGCAUACCUAGGAGCUCGCAACCUCUUCUCAAAAACCACGCUACUCUGGACAAUCUGCGAAAGGAGUCUGCAUAUAGGGCAAGGUCCAAUAGAGUAACGGAAAGUGAGAAAGAUAUGCGGCUGUCUGCUUUGUCAAGCACCAAGUGUAGCUCCACGAUGGAACAACCUUGCCGUGAAACAGACGGGAGAAGGAGCUCAUACGUUAAGCAAUACAGUAGAAGCCAUGUACGGCCGGCCUCAAGCUCUAGUCUAUCUGGUUCUGCGACCACCAGGCAAGCAAAUAGGUGUCGGAGUAGUUCUGCUGUGAGAUCUGCGAGCUCAGCAAGAAAAUAG